CCUGAAAGGAGAUAAAAUGGCGAACAUGCAUCGACUCACUCGGCUUGGAGCCGCACCACUGGCUGCUAAGUAUCUGGUCACCCCGACUGCACGUUUGAACUGGCAAUCUGUUGCAUGCGGUUUGAACAAAUUCCAUUCAUACUCCAAGAAUCAUGACGUGUUUCAUGGUAAAACUAAUUCCCCUUUACAGUCAUAACAGUGUUAACAAGCAAAUCAUAUUGGAUAUGUACAUCUCUUCAAGCUUUAUGUUAUCAAUGUUGUCUUAUAGUUAGCUUAAACUAACGACAUUCCUCAUUAUUUACACAUCAAAACGAAAUAAUCCACUGUUAGGUUGAAUAAUUCAUUACAAUGAGCAAUAACGUUGCAUGGACCAAUCUGCCAAACACAGAUUGGGGGCGAGUCUACCUCCACAGCAUCUACCCAGCACAACCGAGUCUACCGAUGUUUCAUCUGUCCGUCGGCUUCUGGCUGUGCACCGCGUUCAGUACCUUCUCGCACGACACACUUCAGUGGUGUCUCGCACGGCACACUUCAGUGGUGUCUCGCACGGCACACUUCAGUGGUGUCUCGCACGGCACACUUCAGUGGUGUCUCGCACAGCACACUUCAGUGGUGUCUGACAGUUGCCAAAAGUAUCACUCCUAGACCAAGAUUGGGCAACUUUUUUUUUUUUUUCAAAAUCCAAAUAGCCACAGUUGUUGUGAAUGAAAAAAAUAAAAUUCGUCGCCCAAAUAUAAAUCAUAAAAGACUACUAUUAAUUCAAAUGAGAGUUCACUCGCAACAAUUAUUAAUGAACUCCCAUGCUCGAUAAGGGCCUCGUUGGCAGUGGGGUCCUAGGCGGUCGCCAAGUUUGCCUGUGCGUAAUAAACGACUGUGCUCAGCUAAGAUUUCAUUCUUUUGCCCUUCCAUCCUUCAAAUUUUUUUUUUUUUUUUUGGGACUUAUUUUCUAAUUUACGUUUUUUUUUUCUUUUAGACAUUUUGGUGUAUAAGGGCCUCGUUGGCUGUGGGGUCCUAGGCGGUCGCCAAGUUUGCCUGUGCGUAAUAAACGACUGUGCUCAGUUAAGAUUUCAUUCUUUUGCCCUUCCCUCCUUCAAAUUUUUUUUUUUUUUUUUUGGGACUUAUUUUCACAUUUACGUUUUUUUUUUCUUCUAGACAUUUUGGUGACCUUCCUAAUUGUAUCCUUAUUGUAUUAAUUGGAUGUAGUGUUUCAUAAAUGGUGAGAUGUCGGUCAUCAUGAAGGAUUUGUGAAAUGUAUUUGAUAUAUGUAUUCCUGAGACUGUUUAGAACGAAGGAACGCAUUUCAGGCCACAGGAAAUAUCGGGAUCCGGAGAUACACCUUCGUGUUUUCCCGUAUAUGGGCUAUAAAAAUAAAGAGUAAAAAAACAAUCUUGAUUAUUCACUGCGCCAAGUGCCAAGGUCGGUCACAAAGGUUUUUUUAUCGUUGCACUUGUGCGCGGUGCGUAAGAUAGCUCUGCCCAAUAUAAAAGAGCAUUGUAGUUUGUGAUCAUUUACUUAACCUAUGAACUCCUACAAAUCAAACUCUUACAAAUCAAACUCUUACAAAUUAAACUCUUUCAAAAUAAUAUAUUACAAAGUAAUCUGUAACAAAAUAAUCUCUCACAGAAUAAUCUCUUACUAAAUAAUCUCUAACAUAAUAAUAUCUUACAAAAUAAUAUAUUAACAAAUAAUCUUUUACGAAAUGAUCUAUUAUAAAAUAAUGUCUUACAAACUUAAUUUCAGCAAAGGAUGUGGAAUCACUCCGCCACUUGGAUGCAACUCACGUUACUAGAAGCCGUCCUGUCAUCAACUCCUAUUUGGGCCAGCAAGAUAGGAGAAAGCUUACGUCACAAGAUGUCAUGCAGGUCUCAGAUCUAGUAGUUAGACAAUUUGUAAAAAUUUGGAAUUCAGUACAGUAAUAUUAUAUCAUUGGUAGAAAGACUAACACGGUAAAUAAGUAGUUCAAUGCGUAUUUUUGCCCAUCAUUUUUCUUUAACUAUAUGCAAAGAAGGUGUGAUGACGCUGUUAUUGAUUUUAAUCAUUAAUAAGUAGGGGAAGAGUUUAGCAAGUUGGACGCAUGACAGUUAAUAAAAUUUAUUGAUUUGAGAUUGAUACAUUCCCAUGAGUAAAAUUGAGGUUGUUCUAAAUUUCUUAACCGACUCAACGGAUGUCCGUCCAUGUGUUGUCAAGGUAUCCUCCACUUAUAAAUGGAAACACAAAAACCUCCAGAAG